ACGGCUUUUGGGAAGAUGGAUUUCGUGGUUUCUGAUGACUUGUUGGCAGCUUUUGUUCCUAUCAUUUUAUAUUGGGUUUGUUCUGGAAUUUAUAUACUUUUAGGUUCGUUUAAAAAGUACCGAUUACAUUUGAAGAUUGAUGAUGAGGAGAAAAAUUUGGUUUCUAGACGAACUGUCAUCAAAGGAGUUCUUCUUUAUCAAACCUUUCAAGUUAUUGUCACAUGCCUUUUGUUCAAGGUCACAGGGAAUCACAGUGGGGACGUAGAUGUGGGUCCAAAACCUUCACUAAUUGUGUUGGCACGACAAUAUGUGAUUGCAGCGUUGGUUUUGGAUACUUGGCUGUACUUUGGGCACAGAAUUAUGCACCAAAACAAGUUUUUGUACAAGCACAUCCAUGCUCAACAUCACCGCGUCAUUGUUAACUACCCGUUUGCAGCUAAUUAUCAUCAUUUCUUGGAGGGGUUUACCCAAGACACAAUUGGCGGCAUCUUAGCGAUUCGUCUAUCUGGCAUGUCUCCACGAGCUUCCAUCUUCUUCUUCUCUUUUGCUGUCAUUAAGGCUGUCGAUGAUCACUGCGGAUCGUGGCUUCCCUUCCACAUUCUUUUUGGAAACAAUACCGUAUUUCAUUCUGUUCAUCAUCAGCUGUACGGAAGCAAGUACAACUUCUCCACGAUAUUUUUUGUUCAUUGGGAUAAAAUACUCGGAACCUAUAUGCCUUACUCGUUAGAAAAGAGAGCCGGUGGAGGCUUUGAAGCACAUGCUUUAGAAGAUAACAAAAAUGAGUGAUUGUUAUAUGAUAACAUUAUCAAACUAUUAUUAAGAAUA